CCCAAAGUUUGCAAAGUGCGGCGGCGGGGGGGCCGCGCGGGGGGCGGAGGCGGCGCGGGCGGAGGGGGCGGGCCGCGGGCCGGCGGCAGCGGCAUCAAAGAGCCCCGGUUCCUGCCGCGCCGCCAGAGCCAUGCGCCGCCGUCUGUCAUGUCAGCGGAACAGGAGAAGGACCCCAUCGCGCUGAAAAGAGCCCGAGGUGGUGACAGUGGAUUGGAUGGGUUAGGCGGACCGGGAGUACAGCUUGGAAGCCCUGAUAAGAAAAAGCGCAAAGCAAAUACACAGGGAUCAUCGUUUCCUCCUCCUUCUGAAUAUGCUCCACCGCCAAAUCCAAGCUCUGACCACCUUGUAGCUGCAAAUCCAUUUGAUGACAACUAUAAUACCGUGUCUUAUAAACCACUUCCUUCAGGAAAUCCAUAUUUUGGUAAUCCUGGUUAUCCCGGCUUUGGAGGCUAUAACACUUUCAGAAUGCCACCUCACAUGCUGCCCAGGGUGUCUUCACCAUAUGGUGGUUCUUACUCCCUCAGGAACCAACCACAUCCGCUUCCUCAAAACCCUGUGGGAAUGGGGUUUAGUCGGCCCCACUCUUUCAGCUUCGGACCACACGAUAACCCAGGCUUUGGGAAUCAGCCACCUUAUAGUAGUGGGCAGAUAAGUCAAAAUGUCAAUAUGCCUGGUCAGCAUUUCAGACCAAAUCCUGGUGAGAACUUUGGCCAUUCUGGUCAGAUACCACACCCUGACGUUCCAUCUAACUUUGGUCCUGGAAAUAAUCCAAAUUUCCCAAAUUCUCAGCUAGAGUCAAACCAUUCCUUUGUUCCUCCACCAAACACGUACAACCAGACAAAAUCGUCAGCACAAAAGCAAGACUUUAGUCAAGGAGCAAGCAAAGCAUCCAGCCAGAACACAGCUGCUCAUCAGCAUCAUCACAGGGCAGAGGAAGUUGUGAGUCAAGGCAACAGUGACCUAAAAAAUGUUACUCGAAACAAUGUGGUAAACCAGGAUAACAGCCAUUCUAAUAGUGGUGAUAACACUAAUGCUGGCCAUUCAAAUGGAACUCAGAGUAAGUCCCGCCAGCCUCGAGGUACUGCUGAAGGAUGCAGUACUGAAAAGAGCAACAAAACACCCCUUCAUCCCAGUCGUCACGGUCACUCGUCCUCUGAACCCGUCUACCCGUGUGGAAUUUGUACACAUGAAGUUAAUGAUGACCAGGAUGCCAUCCUGUGCGAAGCCUCUUGUCAAAAAUGGUUUCAUCGGAUCUGUACAGGCAUGACUGAGUCAGCUUAUGGCCUUCUUACAGCUGAAGCAUCAGCAGUAUGGGGUUGUGAUACGUGUAUGGCUGACAAAGAUGUCCAGCUGAUGCGUACAAGAGAGACUGCAGGACCACCUGCGCUGAAUGUGGAUGGCUAACCACCUGAGCUGCUGGUAGCGGGUGAAACACUUGCUAUGAAGAUUUGAUUACAAAUUGGGUACUUCACUUCCUGCAGACAAUCAGUUGUGUUUGAUCGCUGGCAUAUUUUUUCUCCAUCUUUUUUUAUUCGUGAACUUCCAUCUCAACUUUUCUACUCUUAGUUUCACAUGUGCAAAUGUUUUACAGGAUGGAAUACUUUUUGUUUCUGAUUAAACUGUAAAAAGUUACUGACAAUUGGUCAGAAGUAGGUUGUGCGUUUACCAUUUUAUUGAAGGCAAAAAUGUGCCUAUAUGAAUAACCCCAAAUUUGCUAGUGUUAAGGUGUUUACUAAUGCUAGCAUUUAGUGCUCUGUUUCAAUGGUACUACAUUUACAAGUACUCAUUAUGGGUUUUUUUUCUCUUUUUGAGGGUGAAUGUUCAUUACAGAUGGUCUUGCUAUCCUUUCUUUGAAUAUAGAGGAGAUGACAUGGAAGAAUGUGCAGUACUAAUAGUUUUUAUUUUAGGGUAAAUACAGAGGAUUUCAUAUGUGCUUUUUUGUAUUUUUGGAGUAAAGCAUUAACACAGUAUUAAAAAACUGAUGACUUUAUGCCUAGUAACACAGUGAAACAUAGUAAGUCUUACACAUUUAUAUUUCCCUGAAAAGGCGAUGGUCUCUCUUGACUUCUUAGCAAAUACUUACUGAAGACUCUUGCUAUGUUUUGCAGUAUUUAGAAAUUGUUACAGAAUAUUAUUACAUUGGAAAAAGAAUAUGUCAAGUUCAUGAAGUCCAGUGCUUUAAAUCUAAAAAAAAUCAAAACUAGGGUUGCAUAUGUGACCUUAAUUCAUUUGUCCUAAGCGCAUACGUUAGGAUAUAGUCUCUGCAUCAGUCAUGGUUGUGCGAUCAUACACCUCUCAUCCUUUCUCAUUGAUAGGUCCCGUCUCCUGCCUUGGUGUUCCCUGAGAAUUGUGAAUGAACUGGUGUAGGGAAAGUUCAGCCCAUCGUUUUAGGGUUUUCAACUAGGGCCUGCUCGGUUGUCCUGAACUUACCCACUCCGCUUGGCGUAAAGGAGAGUGCAAGGCAAUGGAUUGUCCUCAGCACAGACUCUGAACUGCAAGAUAAUUUGGCCAGCAAAGCCCUAAAACUGUACUCCCACCACUGCCCCAGAUGGUCUUGCAGUGAGGGAGUGGGAAGUCUGGGGUGGAGAAGAAAUACAGCUUUCACAUCAAGUAGUUUAGGUCACAUCAGGAGCAAGUAAUUGGAAUUUUAGCUUCUUUACUAAACUUGAUAUCCUAUUGACAACUAUUAAUGGCACUGGAGCUUCAUGCGUGAUGCUAAGAAUUCUAUUUAAAUAUGGGUAAUUUGAUCUUAUUCUUGAUCUCAGAACUAAUCUCUCCUGCUUUUUUUUUUAUUUUAUUUUUAAUGUGGGGAAACAUGUAGCCUUGAAAACUUCAGCCUUAUCAGUAUGAUAAGUUGUGUAUGCAACUGAAAAUGCAUGUUUCUGUAGAGAGAAGUGUUGUGUAAUUUAAUAAAAGAUGGCGCUGUAAUUACAGACUUUGCUUGUGGUACUCAGUCCUGAGCUGGAAACUUCUAGUUUUUAAACAAUCAGCAGUUAAAUCCUAUGUCAAGCAUCACAGGUGCCAGUCACAUUUCUUAAUGUGAUAAAGUGUUCAGGCCUGUGGUGAUCAGUGGUGUAGGAGUCUAUACAGAAUACAGUCAUCUAUAUAAACAGGUAGCUUUUGUGAUAAGCUGUGCUAAUGAGUUAAAAGUAAGGCCUAUUUGUUGGUUCACUGUUGUGUUGGAUUUUAAAUGGGCUCUGAUGUGGUACUUUCCUGGAAGAUACUGUGCAGUUCUACUUAACUGUCACUGGUUUAUUUUUAAGGUGAUAAGUUUUAUGUACUCUUUUACUGGAGAACUGCAACAUUGCCCUCCUUUAAUGUCUUACCUUUCAUCAGGAAAAAGGAAAUAAUGUCUAAAGUGUAAAUGACACUAUUAAUAUCUUGAGGAUUUCCUGUGUACAGAUGUAAAGAAAGCAUAAGGCAGAUAAACAGGGCUUCUGUUUUUAUCACUAUUUGCUUUAUUUAGUACAGAGACUAAACUUAAUCCUGUUUUGUUAGAAGUGUGACAUUUGAAAAUAACAGAAAAACAACCAAGCAGCAACCUCAGUUAGGGAGAUUUGUUCUUUACUAGUUUUCCUAACGACCAACUGACUGUUAGAAUUUGCUUUUGAUAUUUAAAGUAGAAAUUAAACCAAACCUUCUUUAGGUAGAUCUGUUCCCCUGGGAAUCAAUUUAAUCUCUGCAACACUUUGCACUGUGAAGUUUGGGGAGCUGGUUCAGACCUACCACAAUGUCAAUGGCAUAAAACAUUUUGCUUUGUGAAAAUUCAACAACGGUUCUGAUGAUGUUACACAAGUGUGCUGUUCACCUUUCCCCCUUCCACGCCCCAUUCCUGUUGGGAGAGGGUGUUUUGGGUGUUUGUUCUCAGCAGUGCAAUUAAUGUUUGAACAUUUCACAGCAUACAUUGUAUUUAAAAUAGCCAUGUAUUUCUUAAUCUUCUAUUCAACUCUACAUGAAGUGAGGCAAGUGUUUUCUAUAUUAGCUAGCAAGACAUUAGAGUUUAAACAUAGUGUUCUUACAAACUUAUAAUCAACUGGAGUAUCAUUUUAUAAAGCCUUAAAAUCUGUAUUUGUGAAACUUAUUCCAACAAAUUAUUUCAGUUUUUCUAAACCAGUUCUAUGUUGGGUUUGUAACCCAGUACAUUUUCUGUGUUUAUUAACCUACAAAUUCAAGGCAUUAGCAAGUGCCAAUUACAAAAUAUCAAAUAAAAACAAGUGAGCAACAAAACCAAGCUUGUUAUCACACUGAUCAUAGAGAUAUGACUGAUUAGGAUCUCCAAAAGUCAUCCAGCCAGUAUCUUUGCCCUACUGAUACACUGUUGGCAUAUCUGGACUCUUUAUCUAGAGAGAGGGUUAUACUUUGGUUUUCUCUGCAUGUAUUGACUAGUAGUAGUUCAAGUAUGCACGGGAAAAAAACAAAAAUCAUGUUUUGUUAGUAAAGUACUAGGAAAAUGUCAGCUGGUUAGAAUUAGGAGUUAGUUAU